AGCGUCGCACAACGGUUCCGUUGAAACCCGCGUCUAGCAGCGCCGUGCAGGACUCCACGGUUCCACCGAUCGUCGUCUGGGACAUCGCGUCUUCGUCUAUCCCUUCGGUAUCUGCGCCAUUCCGAUUCCUUGGCCUCGGUUUUCGCCUCGGUUUCCUGGCCGCUGGCCGAGUUUCGUGCGCGUUGCCGUUGUCAUAUCGACACCACCGUGGACCCGGUUGUCCCCUGGUUCCCCCGUUUGCAUGGACUCGUCGAGCGCAACAGGAACGCGACAAAGUGAGAGUGCGAUGGAUUAUGGACGUCUCCGGAGGAUCUCCAGACGGUACUACGGAUCGGUGAUACCAAGUAUCCUUCGUACGAAGGACACGGUUCGUUAUCGGUUGGACUGUCCGUUGGAGCAAUGAACCGGUGGAUCGGGUGGAUCGAUCGUUAGUGUAUUUUCAUUCGACAGACUGUUCAGCGGGGAAGAUGGAAAAGAAGCUAGAGAAUGUUCGUGGUAGUCCGUUAUGAGCAGGGCUGAACAGUGUCCGUCGGAAAGAGACUGGAGAACCUAGUGCUCGGGGAGUACGAGUAAUAACGGACACGCGUGUAACCGUCUCGAAGUUUCUGUCAAAGUGCAUGCUGCGAGCUGAUUUACGAAGCUAUGUAACUAAGAUGUCAGAGGUAUCUGAACGAUUCAACGUCGGUUAAUGAUCGGGCAGGUAUCCUGCUCGAAGAUGACGGUUACUCCAGGCAACAUCGAACGGACGGAAUCCGUUAGGUAGGUGCCCCAAGCAUCUCGAAUCGACAAGUAGAUUAAAACACGAACAAGCAGACAACCUCGAGAGUUCACAGCCGUCAACAUGACAAGGUUAAAGUCGAACGAGGCCUAACCUCUUCGAGCUAGAGUCGUCGGGUGAACUUUCGCCAGGAGAAGACAGAGAAGCGACAAAAAGAUGUCAAACACUCCACCGACGUCGUCCAUCGGUUUAGACUCGUCCGAUCUCCACGAGAUCAGGCAGAAUCACCUGACGACCCGGUUAGAGCCCGAGGACCCGGAGAAACGGGAGCAGACACGAGGAAACGACGGCAACGAGCCCGACAGCGAUUGCGAAAGCGACACCAGCGAGGUGUUGAGCGUCGGUAGCGAACCGACGCCCACGAGCGUCGUUGGAAUCCGCGGCUGUGGCUCAGUCAGGUAUGACCAGGAAUCGGCGAGCAGUCGCUGUGACUUUCGUGACGAGGAGAACACCAGGAUAUCGGCGACGCCAUCGCCUUCCAGCUCGACGAGCUGCAACGACGCGUUUUAUCAGCGUGCGGCUAACCAUGUCUCAGCGCCGAGUCCACCGGCGUACAGUCAACCACCCUCGUCGCCCACGGCGUCCUCGGUCCGGUCACCGGCUUCCUCUUCGGCCACCGCCUCGUCCCCGGGUCGUCCGGAAGCUAUUCAAGACGUCAUAGUGCCCAGGUACCAGACCAGUCAUCCGCAGCACUUGUUACCCCGAUACUCGUCCAGAGAGCCCGAAAUCUCUGACUACCCGACGAGAGUUCAGCACGCUCUCGGUCAUGAAAUCGUGUAUCCCACGGUGGAGAGGUUGCACCGGACCCCGAUCAGCGUCCCCCUGGUGACCAGACUGUCCCUGUCGCCACCGACGGCCAUGACGGUCACCGGGCUGCAAGCGACAACCCCUGUUCUCCACCCGACAGCCUGCAGAGAUCCUCGGGAAACCGCCUCGUUGAUGCCUCACCCUGGACAACAUCUGCACCACGUCAACAGUCACGUGCAUCUGCAUCAGACCUCCCAGGUGCAACACAUACCCGCGAACUCGGUGCACCAGCAUCGUUUGUCCGUUAGCAAGAUACUACAAAGGGAGCCUGGUAGCCCUGCUUCUCCCGUAGGAAGAGAAGAGAAUGGGAGGACUAUGCCAGCCGCCAACGGGGUGCAAAAUAACGGCAUCAACAACAGCAACCAUCACAAUAAUCACAACAACAACAAUAAUAACAAUCUGCAACAUCAGGCUGGUCUGAAGUUCAGUAUAGAUAAUAUUCUGAAGGCAGACUUCGGCAGAAGGAUCACGGAUCCUAUUUCCUUGAAGAAGUCCAGACCUAAGAAGGUUACUUCGAGACCCAUCGAUCUGACGAAAGACUUCCUGGAAUCGUCUUCCGAAACUUCGGAGAAGAGCAGUUCGGAGACGACCUCCACGACUAACGCGUCGCCUGGAGCAGUGCCGACCGGGAACCCUGCCUCCAACGCGUCUGGACCACCUGUCACCGAUCCUGGAAAGCAGUUACCCUGGCCUGCCUGGGUUUACUGCACCAGGUACUCGGAUCGGCCUUCUUCUGGUGAGUUUCAACCACCCUCGUCGCCCACGGCGUCCUCGGUCCGGUCACCGGCUUCCUCUUCGGCCACCGCCUCGUCCCCGGGUCGUCCGGAAGCUAUUCAAGACGUCAUAGUGCCCAGGUACCAGACCAGUCAUCCGCAGCACUUGUUACCCCGAUACUCGUCCAGAGAGCCCGAAAUCUCUGACUACCCGACGAGAGUUCAGCACGCUCUCGGUCAUGAAAUCGUGUAUCCCACGGUGGAGAGGUUGCACCGGACCCCGAUCAGCGUCCCCCUGGUGACCAGACUGUCCCUGUCGCCACCGACGGCCAUGACGGUCACCGGGCUGCAAGCGACAACCCCUGUUCUCCACCCGACAGCCUGCAGAGAUCCUCGGGAAACCGCCUCGUUGAUGCCUCACCCUGGACAACAUCUGCACCACGUCAACAGUCACGUGCAUCUGCAUCAGACCUCCCAGGUGCAACACAUACCCGCGAACUCGGUGCACCAGCAUCGUUUGUCCGUUAGCAAGAUACUACAAAGGGAGCCUGGUAGCCCUGCUUCUCCCGUAGGAAGAGAAGAGAAUGGGAGGACUAUGCCAGCCGCCAACGGGGUGCAAAAUAACGGCAUCAACAACAGCAACCAUCACAAUAAUCACAACAACAACAAUAAUAACAAUCUGCAACAUCAGGCUGGUCUGAAGUUCAGUAUAGAUAAUAUUCUGAAGGCAGACUUCGGCAGAAGGAUCACGGAUCCUAUUUCCUUGAAGAAGUCCAGACCUAAGAAGGUUACUUCGAGACCCAUCGAUCUGACGAAAGACUUCCUGGAAUCGUCUUCCGAAACUUCGGAGAAGAGCAGUUCGGAGACGACCUCCACGACUAACGCGUCGCCUGGAGCAGUGCCGACCGGGAACCCUGCCUCCAACGCGUCUGGACCACCUGUCACCGAUCCUGGAAAGCAGUUACCCUGGCCUGCCUGGGUUUACUGCACCAGGUACUCGGAUCGGCCUUCUUCUGGACGAAGUCCCCGCACGAGGAGGGUGAAGAGGUCCGACAAUCGAGGCAGCACCGGCACCCCCGAAGAAAAGCGUCCCAGAACAGCAUUCAGCGGCGAACAACUAGCAAGGUUGAAGCGAGAGUUCGCCGAGAAUCGAUAUUUAACCGAAAGAAGAAGACAACAGCUCUCGAGGGAUCUAGGUCUGAACGAGGCGCAGAUCAAGAUCUGGUUCCAGAACAAGAGGGCGAAAAUCAAGAAAGCUAGCGGACAGAAGAACCCGCUCGCCCUUCAGUUGAUGGCGCAGGGUCUUUACAAUCAUUCGACGGUACCAUUGACGAAGGAGGAAGAGGAACAGGCGGCCGAACUUCAAGCGAAAUGAUGACAGUCGCUGGGAUCACCUUCGAUUCAGUAACGAAGUCGUUUUCUUUGGGGGUUUCGGGAUAGAGGGAGGAACUUUUCGACUGGGACAUUUUUAUAGAAAGUUCAUUUUGAGAGGAACAAUUUUUUGUCGGUCACGUUGAUUGCUGAUGUGAAGAGUUUUGGUGAGAUACAUUUUUAGUCCAGGUCUUAUUUUUUCUUAUGAAAGAAUACGUCUUUGGUUGGUCACAUUCUUUGCUGAAGAAAUGAACAUUUUUAGUGAAACACACUGAGUCUAGGUCUUAUUUUUUCUUAUAGAAGAAUACAUUUUUAAUCGACCACAGUCAUUAUUGAAAAAAUUAAUAUUUUUGGUGAGACACACUUUGAGUCCAGGUCUUAUUGUUUCUUACAAAAGAAUACAUUUUUAAUCGACCACAUUCAUUAUUGAAAAUAUUAAUAUUUUUAGUGAGACACACUUUGAGUCCUGGCCUUACUUUUUCUUACAAAAGAAUUAUAUUUGUAGUCAGUCAUGUUGAUUGCUGAAGAUAUGAAUACUUUUAGUGAGACACACUUUGAGUCCAGACCUUAUUUUUUCUUACAAAAGAAUUACAUUUUAAAUCAGUCACAUUGAUUGCUGAACAAAUGAAUAUUUUUAGUGAGACACUUCGUGUCCAGAUCUUACUUUUUUUCUUAUAAAAUUAUUCUUCUAUAUUUCUCACUCGAAUCUAAACAUUAAAAUAUUCAUUUAAAUACAUACAGUACACAACUACAAUGAUGAAGUAUGAUUUCAGGUGUUAAGAAGUUGACUCAUAACUGAUUUAAUAUUUCAUACCCAUAAAAAUGAAGGCAAACCAAACUUUGUGAUAACGUAGACAAACUUUCUGACUGACUUAACAACGAACAUUUGAUUAAUGGAUAGACUAUGUAUACAGGUGAAUAGCAGUCAACGUGUUCCUUGAUAUUUGCACUUCUGCUCAAACGAUUUCCAAAGUAGUAAAAUUUGAAAAUCGUCGGAAGUCACUCGCGUAAUAAAAAUUGAAAGACUGGUAUAUAUAUCCGUAAAAGUAUUGGACUUUCAACGACGAUACGUCGUAACAGAGCUUCCCCGUUCUAUCCGGAUCGAAGAAAUUCGCAGGCGGAAGAGAGUUGUUUAAAAGUGGAAAAGCUCGUGAGUUACCGGAGCCGCGAAACGCGAAUGAUAGCGAUCGUGCACGCGGCGAUCGCAACACGAUAACUAUCAUUCCACGGCGUCGUUUAUGAGGAAAGACUUGUUUGUUAGCACGCGCGUUCCUAGCGAUGAAUAAUCUCGUAUUUAAACGAGGAAAAGAAGGAAAGAACCGUUUCGAUCGUGCGUCACGAUAACAGCGUGAUAAUUCGAGUCAGGACGAAAUGGGUUUUGUACAGUGCCAUUUGUACAGUUUUCUUGCGAUCGUUAGAAUCGAAUAUCAGUCGUUCUCUGAAGGAACCAGUAUUCAGAACAGAGAGAAAGAAAGAGUGAAACUUCACCAAGAACGUGUGAGAGAGAGAAUGAGAGAAAGAAUGAGAUGCUAGUUCUGUUUCGUUAAUUUAUUGUAAAAAUGUAAGAUAUCAAUUGCUAUGUGCAAUAGAACCUAUACAUGUACGAAGAGAAAUAGAAACCUAUGUAUAGGUAUAUAUAUAUGAAUAUAAAGAUAAAUCGUCGUGUAAAUAAAGCGCAACUUUAGCGAGAACGUCGUCUCGAUAGACUGUUUAAAAGUAACUUAGUUAUUUAUUUACCUAUGCUAAUAAGGAAGGCUCGAUAUCGAGCACUCCGUAAAUUGUAAGAAUUAUUUAAAAAUCGAAAUUAAA